AUGGCACUCGCGAAGCUAAAAUUCAAGGAGAAGAUAUUACAGCAGGGACUACAAACGAACGAGUUGUUAAGAAGAUUACAAAAUCUACACAAGGAGCUUUCAGAAUGGGACCAAGAUGUUGUUGACGCGCUUUCCUUGCACAAAGUCGCGAAGCAGUUGCUCGAUAAGUCACUACUCUUACACAAGGACAAGCAUGUAAAAGCACUCGUAGCGGCUUCUUUUGUGGAUAUACUGAGAUUGUGUGCACCUGACGCACCAUACACGCUUCAAGAGCUCAAGGACAUCUUCUCAUUUAUAUUCAGACAAGUAGCAUACCUGUGGAAACCACCAAAGGAUAAGAAGCAGAGCGAAGUCCAGUGCUAUCAAGAAUAUUACUACAUACUUCGUACAAUGGCGGACGUUAGUUGUAUAGUUCUCGUGUGUGACUUACCCAACUCAGAAGACGUCGUCGGUGAUAUCUUCAAGGACUUCUUAGAAGGAAUACGCGUGGAUACUUCACCGAGACUGCAGGGAUUCAUGGCCGACAUCCUGGCUCAGCUUGUCGAUGAAUCCAACACUAUCCCCAACGACAUACUCGAGUCAAUGCUCAUUGCAUUCUCAGACAAGACGGCCAAAAUGAACUCAGCUAAGCAUAGAUUGGUUGUGGAAGUCUGCAACAAAACAUCAGAGAGGUUGCAAAAGAGCGUCUGUCAAUACUUCAGUGAGAUUCUUCUAAAGUUGGUUAACGACGAGUAUACGGAGAAGACUUUUGACGAGGUAGUGGCAGCGCACAAGAUUAUCAGAGCAAUUCAUAGACAUUCACCACGAAUCUUACUCAGCACAGUACCGCAGCUUGAGGCAGAGCUGUUGUCCGAGAACAACGAUGUUCGUGACUUGGGCACGCGAACUCUAGGUAGAAUGAUAGGCGAGCCAACCGCCGACACCAGCUAUUAUUCACUCGCAAAAGAGUACCCAAAUACCUUCCGUGCAUGGAUAGAAAGAAGGAAAGAUUUAAUACCGUCGAUCAGAGGAAUUAUCGUGGAGUACGCCUCAGCAAUAAUACUCACCCAUCCGCAACUCAGCAAUGAGAUACUCACAACUAUCACUGACAAAAUGCGCGACUUUGACGAUAAGGUUAGAGCUGGCGCUUGUCACUUCUUCCAAAAGAUCACCUACGAAGUAGCAAUCUCGUACACCUCCAAGAGCACCUUAGAUGAGCUGGCGAUGAGAUGCAAAGACAAAAAAGCACUCGUUCGUCAAGAUGCAUUUGAAAGUUUGGGCAGACUGUACGCUUUAGCAUACGCCGAUAUCAAAAUCAACAACACCGCGGCGAUGGAAAAGUUUGGAUGGAUACCAAGAGCUGUACUCGCACCUCUGUCUGUUUCGCUUCCUUCGCAAAUUGCCUCCAUCAAGAUUCAGGUGGAAAGGACACUCGUUAAACACAUUUUACCACUUCACGCUGAUUCUGAGGGUGCAUGGGUUGAUCGUUUCUUGCGAGUAUAUAAGGAUCUAGGUGAAGAUGAGAAGAAAGGACUGCUGAUGUUGACAGGACUGACUAUGAGUGCUCAACGUCCAUAUGCUCUUCGGUUCGUGGAAGCUUGCGAGGAAUUCAACAACGAUCGCACCAAUGACAAUAAAGAACACGUUUUGAACUACAUCAAGUUCCUUGGCGGACUCUUUCCAGAAGACUCCAAAGCCACAGGUGAUUUGCAAGAGUUCGUCAAGCUGAACGAGAGCCGUCUUUACAAGAGUUUAAAGAUAGCUAUGGAUACUCAACAAUGCGAUUUUAAGACACUGCAAAAGUCACAAUCUGAACUCCAUCGCCGUCUUGAGCAGGUAGCUGGUCAACGCAAAACGCUACCAGGCACAUUCGACGCUCUUCUACUCAAGACCACAUACCCGUUUAUAAACAAGUCGUCUGUACCCCAUCUUUUAAAGAGAUCUGUCGAGGGAAGUAGCUCAGCAAAAGAUAUUCUUCUCGCUAUCGCAAAGUUCACUCCUCUGAUGUUGAAGAGUCAUAUAAGCGAGCUUAGCAGACACAUUAACGACGAGAAAUCAGCUGAUCUAGCCCUCAUUCUUCUGGCUGCAGUUGCAAGAGCUGACAGAAGUUCAAUUCAAUCUGAUAAGCGUUUCAUAGAUCGUCUCAUCCGAUUCGUUGAUGAAGGCACGCGCAAGCAAGUCAAGUAUGCCACACGCAUUCUGUCGUGUUAUGAGAAUGCCAAAGAUAGUCUCAAAAAGAUAGCUAGUAGUAUCAAGUUAGAAGAAGAUUUAAACAAUGAAGAUCGAUUGAUGAGGAGUUUUUCAUUUUUGGCUGAGGCUUCUAAAUCCGCUUAUGAUGUUAUAAAUGGGCACGCGGAGUCACUCUUUAGCACUAUCGCUAGCCUUCUCAUGACUCAUCAGCACAGCUCUUUAGAUCCUUCCAUUGACACUGACUUGGAAUGGGUUGAAGAUGAUGCAGUCGAUAACCUUACUAUGGCUAAAUUAGAUGCCAUGAGGCUUUGCACGCACAUCGCAAAAGCCAAUCAAAACAACCCUGAUCAAGAGUUGGACACUGCAAAGGAGAUUGGAAAGUUGUAUGCCCGAGUCUUGCGUAACAAAGGUGAAGUGCUAGGUGAGGACGACGAGUCUGAGGAUACAGCGUUUGCGGAAAUCAACAACGAAGACGAAGUAUUUACAACGCCUGCCUGUAUACGCUCAAGGCUCCGUUUGAGGGCGCUGAUUGGAUUGAUUAAGAUUGCACACGACGAGAAACUUGAGAAGGAAGUAGUCAGACCGAGAUUUUUGUUAAUGUCAGGUGGAAUGCAAGAUGCUGCUUAUACUAUUCGCAGGACGUUUAUAGAAAAGCUGAUCAAAUACCUUGCCAACUUUAAGCUUCCACAUCACUACAACGUCUGUAUAUUCCUCACUGCCCAUGAGCCAGUUCCAGAUAUUGUCACCAGCGGUCAGAUUUACGUUCAGUCCAUGCUGCGUCGUCAUACAGCGAAAAUUCGCUUGAACGCUUUCGAAAUGAUCUUUUAUCGUUUGUUACACACGCUCGCACAUCAUCCAGACUUCUCUGCUCACCCCGCUGAUAUUGAAGCGACAGCAAAGUAUAUAACGUUCUACCUUGAGCUGGUAGCCACUUCAGAAAACAUCAAUUUGUUGUACCACUUGGCUGGAAGGCUGAAGACAGUAAGGGAUAUAACGACCAAAGAGAAUAGUGUGAAUCUGUACAUCUUGAGCGAGUUGGGUCAGCAUCUCACUAGCACAUUGGCACACAACAAGAAGUGGACUUUGACUGCAUAUGAAGGAAAAGUAAAGCUUUCAACUGAUAUAUUCAAAGCACUACCAAAUAGCGAUGUACAGCGCGAGAUUACUCAGAAGAUGUACCUGACUGAAGAAAUGAAGAGCCAGCUGGGUAACACUACCAAACAUACAGCACCAAGGAAAAAGAAAAUUGAAGAAGGUGGUAAUAAAACAAGGAAACCCGCAAAGCGCGCCAAGAAAAAGCAUAAUUGGGAUGAAGAUGAUAAGGAGAGUGAAGGAGACAUUUCCGGCGACGAAAGCGAUGUUACGAUGAACAAAGAAGAUGAAGACAGAAGGAAAGGCCCAACGAGGAAAGCCCGUCCCCAACCACGACCUGCAAAUCGCGUUCAGGACUCCGACGAUGAUGAGAUGGAAGAAGCAGAACCAAACGACGAGAAUGUUGACACUGAAUGA